AACGCGCGGAACGCGGACGGCCAUCGCCAGUGUUGUCGACACGAGAAGGGUCGACACCACUGUCGACUCGCCAAGGAGGCCAAGAGUUCUCCUUCGCUUUUUUUUUAAUCGUCCCGCGGACGGGCGAGGAAUCACGCGGAAGACGGACGCGCGUGCCCUAGCGUCCUCGCUGAAUGCCAUCGGGAUCCGGAGGCCGGUGACAGACGCGCGGGCUGCACGCCGAACGAAACACAUGUGUGCUCGCUGUCCACUCUCUCUAUCCGCGAUCGCUGCUGCUGCUGCUGCUGCUGCUGCUAGGUGCCGUACGUAGGUGUCCGGUGCGUCUUCCUCGGGAGGCCGCGAUUCCUGGACGACGACGUCGUCGUCGGUGGACGCGCGCCUCGACGAAGUAGCAGCGGAGACAGGAAGGCAGGGUGUAUGUAUGUGUGUGUAUGCGUGCGUGGGUGGGUGGGUGUCUGCCACAUUCGUGCACCGCCGGAUUUCACCGCCGACUCUUCGUCGCGAUCGAACUGACUCCGAUCGUCCGGAUAUCGCCCGGGCGUCGAGCCAGUUUCCCGAUCCGAGGCGCAGGUGCACGUUGUAUCUUUCCUACGGGUGAAAAAAUAAUAUGUCGCCCCGCUGUCUCCGGAGCGCUGCUGCCGAGAUCCCGACGUGGUGACAACUGGACCGUUCCCCGGGGUGAUCCGACGAGCCCGAGUGCUUUCGAGGACCUCGCCAGCGAAUAAAUACAGGCACGGAAGAGGAAGAAAAAAAAGGAACUGGGAACAUGAGAACGUUUCUUGUCGAAUCCGAGUACUGCGACGUUUUAUGCACGUGGGUUUGAUUCUUCGAGUCAGGUGACUCAACUGGAGACAGACGAGUCCUGUCACACCUCAUCGUAUCGUAUGGAUACCCUGACAAGUUAAAGUAUGAGAAGCCCAAGUGGAGGAAAAUGGAUACCGGUAAAGUAUCAGCAUGCGUGAAAAGUCAGCAGAAUGUCAUGCUCACGCAGCUCACGUGAGGGGCACGACAGAAAUGUGCUCGCGUGAUCCGUCAACAUUGCACCCAACCCUUGCCAAGGCAAAUGGUAAAAAUUCAAGUCCCCAGCCGGCUCAUCACACGGAAGCACGCAUCGAUAACAGCCUGCCGACCCCGGGAGGUCGCUUGAAAUUCUUCAAAGAUGGAAAGUUUAUCUUGGAACUGUCUCAUCGCAGGGAUGGAGAGAAAACUACGUGGUUUCCCGUGCCAAAGAAAACUUUUUGGCCACCUGCUAGCACUAUACCGAAUCGGCAGGAGAGCUCUACUUCCCUUAGUGUUUCCGAUGACAAUUCGUCGGUUCAGUCCAGUCCUUGGCAGAGAGAUCACUGCUGGAAACAGACCCAUCCCCGACGCAGGAUAACAACGGAAUUUAAUUUUUACUAUCGCCGAAAUCCGAAGACUCGCCUAUGCACGCAUCCUCGUUUAAUAGCAAAAAAACGCAGACGCCCGUUAGAUCCUACGAUUGCGAGUCUCGUUCCGGAAUCAACGGCGCCUUAUCCGACAAAGUCAUCUCGAAAAUUGAACGGCACGUCAUCGUCGGGCAAGGUUCUGGGUCUGAUCAUCGAUAAACUGUCGCGUCUGGAUCCUAAUGUCGUCUCGCCUCGCAAACGUAUACUCCGAGAGAUGGAAAGAGUUUCGCUGGAGGAUCAGGCGUCCAAGAGGCGAGCUACUCCGCAACCGGUUUGCGCGACAAGCGCGCCGCCGACUCCCUCCGCGAAACAGCUGUCGUCGUACAGUAUAACGAGUAUCCUGGCGGAGAACAAACCGAGUCCCGAGUCCCCAGGCUUCUUGAGAACGUUACUGAAGCCAGACGACCGGCAACCUGUAAAAUACUCAUUGACUAACACUUAUCCGAGGGUACGAAUCGAUCCCUACACCGGGUCCAGCAAUACAUCCGUUCAUCAUCCGCUCUAUGGAUUGCCGAUGUUGCCCGGACCGUAUAGAGCGGCGCCUCUAUGGAUGGCACCUCACUAUCCGUCUCCCGUCCACUAUCCGCCUCCUAUGCAAUUGUACGCACCGCCGCUUACUCAUCCAUCAUCUCCACAUUAUAAAGACUACAGGGAACAAACUCUCACACCUCCUUCAGAUAUGCCUCUGAAUCUGUCGAAGCAUGCGGGUUGAAUCUCAGGAUCCCAAUAGAGUUGGUGCCUUAUCGAUGGAUGAAACACUAUGCAAACACUGCCCGUGCAACGACAAUGCGAUAUAUUAGUAUUUUUUAUUCAUACAACAAUAGUAUCUUUUUAGUAAGUAGAGAUAUGAUGAGAAGAUCCAGAUAGUUGGAUUCUGGGAGAGCUGUACUUGUAUAUACAAAUGCAUAAAUUGUCGACGGCGGCAUAGGUAUUUUAUAUUAAUAUUGCAAGAUUUUAAAAAGAGAGGAAAAUUACACGAAAGUGUGGUAUAGUAUACAAGAAAAAAAAUAUGGGGAAAAAUGCCACUCUAGGUGUGUGUAUACGUUACACAUGUUUUUAUUAUACGUGAUUUGUGAAUGAAGAAGAAAAGAAAAAGAAAAAAAGAAUCGGCGCGCGAAUUUUUAUUAUUUUUAUUAUUUAUGACGAAUCGUAAAUCUAUAUAUUGUCAAUAUGAAAAUGUAUUAGCGACUGGACGAUGCGCUAGUGAUAUUGCAUUCAUAUAUUUUAUUAUUUUUUUUUGUUUUCGACGUUACUAUUCAUAUUUUAUAUAUUGCGACGAAGAGAAUGAAAGAUGCACAAACAAAUCAUACACACACACACACACACACGAAUACACAUCCCUGUGCAUCUCAUUUAUGCAUUUUCCCGUUAUUCUUAUAAUGUUACUGUCAUUAUAACCAUUAAUAAGAAUGGUAUAUUAUCUAUCUUAUAUAAAAGAAUCGAUAAGAAAGACAUAGGAUUAUGUACAGAACAGAUUAUUAUAUCGCCUCUAUAUCUAGCGUAUUAAUUAUUCUUAAAAAAUAGAAACGCAUAAUAAAAAUUUAGGCUCUAAUAGAAUAUCCACACAACAGUAUACAGUUAUUUAUAUGAUAUUAAUGCAGAGACAACAUACAAAAUUACUUUAGUAAAGACCGUGGGGUGUGCCUUACAAGUAAUUAUCGAAAUUCCAUGAAAUUAAAUUAUAAACAUUCUUAUGGAUAUGUAUUAUAAAAAAAAGGCA